AUGUCAAGCGGAGAUGAACAUGAAGAUGAUGGUCGUGAUGAUGAUGUGUUUGAUGAUAAUGAUGAUGAUGAGGAUUAUGUAGGAGAUGAUGAUGAUGAGGAAGAGGAGGAACAGGAGGAAGUUCGUGGACGUGGUCGUGGAUCUUCUUCAUCUUCAUCCUCAAGCAAGAAGAGAAAGAAUGAGAAAGGUGGCUCAUCAGGCAAGAAGGGCAAGAAGCCAAGAGCGUCAUCAUUCUUCGAAGAUGAGGCCGAUGAAGCAGAGGACGACGAAUCGGAGGAAGAGGAAGAUGAGGCCGAGGAUGGAUACGCAAGACACGCACGUGAUAUCGAGAGCUCCAACAGGAGCACAUUCAGGAGUCUCCAGCGCGAACAAAAGACCGACGAGCAGAUUGAAGAGGAGCUGAAGCGUCGCGCAGAGGAGUAUGAUCUGCGCGCUCAACAACAGGACGACUAUGAUGACGAAGAGUUUGAGGACACGUCAGGCCUGCCCAACCAGAGCUAUUGGAGAGUCAGAUGCAAGCUGGGCGAGGAGAGAAACGUCGUGGCCGAUCUGAUGCAAAAGUAUCUGAACCUGCAGCAGGGCCCACCCAACGAGCGCAUCCUGAUCAAGUCGGUGCUGGCGCCCCACCACCUGCCCGGCCAGGUCUACAUAGAGGCCGAGCGCGAGCUGCACGUCAAACAGGCCAUCCGAGGCAUUGCCUCGAUCAUGUACUCGGGCAUGAUGCUGAUCCCCCUCAAGGACAUGAUUGAGAUCCUCUCCACCAACAGGAAGAGCACAGUGCUGCCCCGUGGCACGUGGGUGCGCUGCCGUCUGGGCAAGUUCAAGGACGACAUUGGCCAGGUGGUCGAGUAUGAUGCCGAGCGUGGUCGCUGCGUGAUCAAGCUGAUGCCCCGUAUCGACCCGAGUGGACCAUCGCACGAUGACGGCGAGAAGGCGCUCAAGAAGAACGUGCGCCACCCCCAGCGUUUCUUCAACGACAAGGACCUCUCGGGCAAGGGCUACGAGAUCACCAAGAAGAAGGACGCACACAACGAGGUCUACUACAUAUUGGACAAUGAGAAGUACAAGAACGGCUUCCUCUUCAAGCAGAUGCGAAUCACCAGCAUUGUGAGCGACGGUGUCGUGCCCUCGCUCGAGGAACUUCAGCGAUUCCAGGACCGCAACGACUACUACGACGAGGAGAACGAAAACGAAGCCGAGAGCGACUUCAAGAACAUGAACAUUGUCGACGCGCAGUCCAUCCCCAAGGUGGCAGCGCGCCCCAUCAGCUUCAGCAAGGGAGACACGGUCAAGGUCAUCGAGGGAGACCUGAAGCACCUCAUGGGUGUGGUGGAGUCUGUCGACGACCGAUCCGUGUCUAUCAUGCCCCUGCACGACUCGUUGCGCGAGGUGCUCAUCUUCCAGCCAUCCGAACUGCAAAAGUACUUCAAGAUUGGUGACCAUGUCAAGGUCAUUGCCGGACGAUACGAGGGCGAGACAGGACUGGUGCUGCGAAUCGAGGAGGCUGCUGCCGUCCUCCUGUCCGACCUCACAAUCUCAGAGAUCAAAGUCCGACCCCAAGAUCUCCAAGAGUGCACAGAGAUCUCAACUGGCAAGCUCGAGCUUGGCAACUAUGAACUAUAUGAUCUUGUACAGAUUACUCCACAAAAGGUUGGAAUUAUAAUUAAAGUAGAGAGAGACUCAUUCAAGAUAAUGGACGAGAACUCCAAUGUAACAUCAGUUAAACUACAGGAAAUAGGCAACAAGAGGAGGACAAAGAACGCCUCCACACUGGACACCAAUCACAACACUGUCAGCUCAAACGAUGUGGUCGAGAUCGUUGAUGGUCAAUAUAGAAGCAAACAAGGAGUCAUAUUACAUAUAUCAAGAAACUUCUUGUUCUUGAAGAGCAAGGAUGUGUUUGAGAAUGGAGGAGUGAUUGUGGUGCGAGCAAACUAUUGCAGUCUGCUUGGUGGAUCAAAGAACAAGAUUACUCAGUCGUUCCAGGCACCGAUGAACCCUGGUGGAGGAGGCCGUGGCGGCGGCGGCAGAUUUGGCGGCCCAUCAAGCAAUGGAAGUGGCGGCGGAGGCGGUGGAGGCUUUGGAGGCGGCGGCCGCGGUGGCCAAGGCGGAGGCAGUGGCGGCCCGGGCAGAGGCAGAGGACGCGAGAACUCCCCACUGCACAAGACGGUCACGAUCAAGACGGGCAGCUGGAAGGGCUACGUGGGCAUCGUCAAGGAGUGUACAGAUACGAUGGUGCAGGUGGAGCUGCAGACAAACUCCAGACGAAUCAAUGUACAGAGAAACAAUAUACUGUUGCCAGGAGAGCGACCCAGCCAACAGACGCAGCAGCACGACUCGUGGGACUCGCAGCUGUACAUGGCCAGCAGGACGCCGAUGCGCGAGGAGAACCCUUCAAUGACACCAAUGCGCAUGAACACCCCGGCGCGUCGCGACAACGAUAUGUGGGCGCCACCCAGCCGCUACGACGACGAGUCUGCGCCAACACCCACCGACUACUACAGCACGACACCGGGCACCAACUACAUUCCCUACUCACCAUUCACACCCAACACCGAGUCGCACCGCAACGACAACUACACACCGAUCAGUCUGCAGACGCCCUCAUACGACACGCCCACGCCAUCGUACAACAACUACGAGCAGCCGACGCCGCAGGCCGACGUUCCCGCCUCGCCCUUCACCCCGCAUGCGCCACAGACGCCGGCCACGCCGUCGACACCCGCCAUGGACGAGCAAGAGGAGGAGCUCGACGGCACUCCGUGGCGCGGAACCAACAUCGAGGUGGUGUUCAAAGAGGGCACCAACCAUGGAGGCGCCAAGGGUGUCGUCCUCGAGUGCAACAACAAUGGCAUCGUCAGCGUCGAGCUGCCGAGUGGAUCGCGCGUCAACAACGUCUCACAGGACGCUCUGGACCUGGUGGUGCCUGCCAAGAAGGACCGUGUUCUCAUCAUCAAGGGACAGUACCAAGGCUACACCGGACAACUGUUUGUCAUCUCACAGGGAUCAAAUACCAGAGACUCUGGCAUUGUCAAGAUGGACUCCAAUCUGGACUUCAAGGUCAUCAAGAUGACCUAUUUGGGCAAACUCACAGGCAACUAA